UUCAUUACUCAUUUUUUGCGGGACCACUGAGAGCCAUGAAGCAUUUCUUUCUGCUGGUUGUUUCUCUGCUGCAGUCUCCUCAGCUUGCAAGAACACAGACACAUGACAAGACAAGCUGUAAGCCAAUGACAACCAGCUUUUGUCAAGGUUUGGGGUACUCUACUACCCCCCACCCAGAUGGAGUUCAAGGAUUCAAUUUAAGGCAAAUUGGCCAGAUUGUGGAGACGGCCUGUUCACCACACAUCGCUACGGUAAUGUGUCGUGUUGUUGUCCCAGAAUGUGGCUCAGAGAGUGACAGCAGGAAGAAACCGUGCAGAGCUCUGUGUCAGAAAGUCAAGAGGGACUGUGAGUUCACUCUGAUGGCUAAAUGGUUGUUCUGGCCAGUGAGGCUUGGAUGUGAUACUUUACCAGAAUCUGACUGUGUGCAGGAUGAAGGGCUUCUAGUCCCACCAGUCCCCCCACCAAACUGUCAGAGAAUCACUGUGCCUCUCUGUGCCGACCUGCCAUACACUGAAACCAUCCUACCAAAUGUUCUCGGCCACAAAACCCAGGAUGAAGCUGCCACCGCUAUACGACAGUUUUCUUCACUUGUUAGAGGACAAUGCUCCUCUCAUUUGAAGCCAUUCCUGUGCUCUGUCUACACUCCCAAAUGUGUGUCAGGAAGAGCACAGCCUCCGUGCAGAAGUCUGUGUGAGAAAGCAAAGUCAGAGUGUGCCACAUCGAUGACAAACCACCGCUUUCAGUGGCCUGAAGCCUUAAAGUGUGAAGCAUUCACCACAGAGUCCUGUGAGCAGUCACUUCAGUCGGCAGGAACACAGACAGAUGACAGGACAAGAUGUAAGCCAGUGACAACCAGCUUUUGUCAAGGUUUGGGGUACUCUACUACCCCCCACCCAGAUGGAGUUCAAGGAUUCAAUAUAAGGGAAAUUGGUCAGAUUGUGGAGACGGCCUGUUCACCUCACAUCGCUACGGUUAUGUGUCGUGUUGUUGUCCCAGAAUGUGACUCAGUGAGUGACAGCAGUAAGAAACCGUGCAGGGCUCUGUGUCAGAAGGUCAAGAGGGACUGUGAGUCCACUCUGAGGGCUAAAUGGUUGUUCUGGCCAAUGAGGCUUGGAUGUGAAACUUUACCAGAAUCUGACUGUGUGCAGGAUGAAGGGCUUCUAGUCCCACCAGUCCCCUCACCAACUUGUCAGAGAAUCACUGUGCCUCUCUGUGCCGAACUGCCUCACAAUGAAACCAUCAUGCCAAAUGUUCUCGGCCACAAAACCCAGGAUGAAGCUGCCACCGCGAUACGACAGUUUUCUUCACUUGUUAGAGGACAAUGCUCCUCUCAUCUGAAGCCAUUCCUGUGCUCUGUCUACACUCCCAAAUGUGUGUCAGGAAGAGCACAGCCGCCAUGCAGAAGUCUGUGUGAGAAGGCAAAAUCAGAGUGUGCCACAUCGAUGACAAACCUCCGCUUUCAGUGGCCUGAAGCCUUAAAGUGUGAAGCAUUUACCACAGAGUCCUGUGAGCAGUUGCCUCAGCCAGCGACAAAACAGACAGAUGACGGGACAAGCUGUAAGCCAGUGACAACCAGCUUUUGUCAAGGUUUGGGGUACUCUACUACCCCCCACCCAGAUGGAGUCCAAGGAUUCAAUUUAAGGCAAAUUGGUCAAAUUGUGGAGACGGCCUGUUCAACACACAUUGCUACGGUAAUGUGUCGUGUUGUUGUCCCAGAAUGUGGCUCAAAGAGUGACAGCAGGAAGAAACCGUGCAGAGCUCUGUGUCAGAAGGUCAAGAAGGACUGUGAGUCCACUCUGAGGGCUAAAUGGUUGUUCUGGCCAAUGAGGCUUGGAUGUGAAACUUUACCAGAAUCUGACUGUGUGCAGGAUGAAGGGCUUCUAAUCCCACCAGUCCCCCCACCAACCUGUCAGAGAAUCACUGUGCCUCUCUGUGCCGACCUGCCUUACACUGAAACCAUCAUGCCAAAUGUUCUCGGACACAAAUCCCAGGAUGAAGCUGCCACCGCGAUACAACAGUUUUCUUCACUUGUUAGAGGACAAUGCUCCUCUCAUCUGAAGCCUUUCCUGUGCUCUGUCUACACGCCCAAAUGUGUGUCAGGAAGAGCACAGCCUCCAUGCAGAAGUCUGUGUGAGAAGGCAAAGUCAGAGUGUGCCACAUCGAUGACAAACCUCCGCUUUCAGUGGCCUGAAGCCUUAAAGUGUGAAGCAUUCACCACAGAGUCCUGUGAGCGGGUUGUUUCUCAGCUGCCAGCUUCUCAGCCGGCAAGGACGCGGACAGAUGACAAGACAAGCUGUAAGCCAGUGACAGCCAGCUUUUGUCAAGGUUUGGGGUACUCUACUACCCCCCACCCAGAUGGAGUUCAAGGAUUCAAUUUAAGGGAAAUUGGUCAGAUUGUGGAGACGGCCUGUUCACCACACAUCGCUACGGUAAUGUGUCGUGUUGUUGUCCCAGAAUGUGGCUCAGACAGUGACAGCAGGAAGAAACCGUGCAGAGCUCUGUGUCAGAAGGUCAAGAAGGACUGUGAGUCCACUCUGAGGGCUAAAUGGUUGUUCUGGCCAAUGAGGCUUGGAUGUGAAACUUUACAAGAAUCUGACUGUGUGCAGGAUGAAGGGCUUCUCAUCCCACCAGUCCCCCCACCAACCUGUCAGAGAAUCACUGUGCCUCUCUGUGCCGACCUGCCUUACACUGAAACCAUCAUGCCAAAUGUUCUCGGCCACAAAUCCCAGGAUGAAGCUGCCACCGCGAUACAACAGUUUUCUUCACUUGUUAGAGGACAAUGCUCCUCUCAUCUGAAACCAUUCCUGUGCUCUGUCUACACGCCCAAAUGUGUGUCAGGAAGAGCACAGCCUCCAUGCAGAAGUCUGUGUGAGAAGGCAAAGUCAGAGUGUGCAACAUCGAUGACGAACCUCCGCUUUCAGUGGCCUGAAGCCUUAAAGUGUGAAGCAUUCACCACAGAGUCCUGUGAGCGGGUUGUUUCUCAGCUGCCAGCUUCUCAGCCGGCAAGGACGCGGACAGAUGACAAGACAAGCUGUAAGCCAGUGACAGCCAGCUUUUGUCAAGGUUUGGGGUACUCUACUACCCCCCACCCAGAUGGAGUUCAAGGAUUCAAUUUAAGGGAAAUUGGUCAGAUUGUGGAGACGGCCUGUUCACCACACAUCGCUACGGUAAUGUGUCGUGUUGUUGUGCCGGAAUGUGGCUCAGAGAGUGACAGCCGGAAGAAACCGUGCAGAGCUCUGUGUCAGAAGGUCAAGAAGGACUGUGAGCCCGCCUUAAGGGCGAAGCGGCUGUCAUGGCCAUUGAAACUGCGGUGUGAAUCGUUACCAGAGUCAAACUGUGUGCAGGGUCAAGACGUCCAAGUCACACCAACUCUCCCAACACCAACCUGUCAGAGAAUCACUGUGCCUCUCUGCGCCGACCUGUCUUACACUGAAACUAUCAUGCCAAAUAUUCUGGGCCACAAAACCCAGGAUGAAGCGGUUUUAGAAGUACAUCAGUUUUCCCCACUUGUUAACGUUCAAUGCUCCCCUCAUCUGAAGCCCUUCCUGUGCUCUGUCUACACGCCCAAAUGUGUGUCAGGAAGACGUCAGGCUCCCUGCAGAGCUCUCUGUGAGCAGGCACGCUCCAGCUGUGAGCCACUAAUGAGAAGUUUUGGGUUUCAGUGGCCUGAUGGUCUGAACUGUGAAGCUUUCACCUCGGAGUCCUGUGAACAGGUCCCUCCCCUCAGAUAUCUAGAAAAAUCUCCUUCCUCAUGUCAGGCCAUCACCUCUCCUUUUUGCAAAGACCUGCCUUACACCCAAACCGUCAUACCUGGCAUCCUUGGCCAUACAACGCAGGAAGAAGCAAACCUGGCAAUUAAUACUUUUAUGCCUCUGAUAGAAUUGAAUUGCUCCCCUUAUAUGAAGCCCUUCCUGUGCUCCGCCUUCUUUCCUAAAUGUGUAUCAGGGGCAGCUCAGAGCCCCUGCAGGGUGCUGUGUGAGCAGGUGCGAUCCCGCUGUGAGCCAGUGCUGAACAGCUUUUCCCACAAAUGGCCUAAAGACCUCAGGUGUGAAGCAUUUACAAAUGAACACUGUGGACAGUACGGCAUGAGCAGCAGCGGGGGGGUCUGUGAACCCAUCACAAUACCCAUGUGCCAGGGCUUGUCCUACAACCAAACCACUGUUCCAAAUCUUAUGGGCCACACAAGUCAGAGAGAAGCGGUCUUGAAGAUGGCCUUCUUUAACUCCAUAGUGCAGGCUGCGUGUCCGGCAGACACGCAGCUCUUCCUGUGCCGGGUGUACGCCCCGCAGUGUGUGGAGGGGCAGGUGCAGCAGCCUUGCAGGUCAUUGUGCGAAAAGGCAAAGCGGGACUGUGAAGGUUUGAUUGUCAACUUUGGGCUCUCCUGGCCAGAUGAGCUUCAGUGUCACCUAUACCCAGAGGAAAACUGUAUAUCUGAUAACAGCAAAUUGGAGGUGCUGCGUGCUGAAGAGGUUCUUGUCAAACUCAAUGCUGGGGGCUACACAAUUCAUGGCAAACCGCUGACACUGAAGACUGCCCAGCUGCUCAUGAUUCUCAUGGAUAGAAACAAGUCAGGAGACCUGGAUGUGGAGGAGUUCCUUAAGCUGCAGCAUUUUGUGGCUUACAUCAGGAGGGAGUAUGCAGAGAACUACGAGAGCAGGAAUCCUCCUGCUGUCACACAGACCCAGAUGAAGAAGGCCAUUGUUGCUCAUAAUUUUAACUUGGAUGGGGAAACGUUUGAUGCUCUGUGGUCUGUGCACCACUCCAAAACUGGGAUUGACUAUGAUGAUUACGUGGCAGUGUUGACUAAACUUUAUAUCCUCCAAGAUCGUUUUCAGGCCCACCUGCUUAAUCUGCCGUGUAACUGCCACGUGGCCAGCUUUUCUUUGGAGCAGUUCAUGAAGGCAGCCAUCAUGUGAAGGUUUGUGAAGUUCCAACAACAAGAAGACGUCAAACAACAACAUGGCUCUCUAGUACAAAGAUUUCUAAACAAUCUGGGAAAUUUGAACACAGUCCUUGUAUGUUGUUAGUUUUUACAAUCACUUUUGAAAAAAACUGUGCCUUAAAUAAAAAGUUGUAGAGCUUGUUGACAUAUAGAAAUUGUCUGUUUUUACUUUUUUUCUACUGUGCUUCAACGAAAAAUAAAUGGGAAAAGAUUUACAAGAUUAAGUAUCAAUAAAGACGUUAUUACCA